UCGCCGUGACGCGACUGGCGCAAGUGCGCAGGCGCCGUGGUGAUCGGUGGCGCUUGUGCUCUGAGAGUGAAAAUGGCCGACGUGGACAUGGAGACGGACGAGAAGAGCUUGGAUGGUGGCAGAGACCAAGAGUGCAAUGAUGCUGAGAGUUCAGAGAAAAGUGGGAAUGAGGAGAAUGGUGAUGUAUCAGAAGAAGAAAGGAUUGUGUCUAAGCAUAGCAAACAUAAGAAGAAGAAGCAUAAACACAGGAGUAAACACAAGAAACACAAACAUUCUUCUGAGGAAGAAAAAGACAGAAAGCAUAAGCACAAGCAUAAACAUAAGAAACAUAAGCGUAAAGACACUCUUGAUUCCAGUAAAACAAACAGUGCACCAUCUAAAAGGCCGAAAUUGGAUGAUAUGGCUGUUUUGGAGGAUCUGGAGAAGCAGAGAGCAAUGAUAAAAGCCGAGCUGGACAACGAACUUAUGGGAGGCAAAGUGCAGUCUGGAAUGGGCCUGAUACUGCAAGGGUAUAACUCUGGAUCAGAGGAAGAAGGUGAAAUUCAGGAAAGGGCACGUAAUGGUGAACGAGCUCCAGUGCAGAGUUUAGCACCCAAAAGUCAGACCUCUCAAUUGGCAAAGGAUACAAAAUCUAAGCGGGAACUUACAGAAGCAAAGUCAAGCUCUAAGCGGAGAAGUAGGAGUAAAUCUAGAGAUAGGACAAAGCAUAAAUCUGAUAAAAAGAAAAGUAAAAGCACUGGACCAGAUAGUAUCACAAAAGAAAAAACCAAACCUCGAAGCCGUUCAAAGGAGAAGAAACGUUCAAAGAGUCCAAUAAAAAGAAGCAGGUCUAAAGAGCGAGCCAGAAAGUCAAAAUCUCCUGUAACUAAACGCCGUUCUUCAUCAGAAACUGCAAAGAAAUCUCAGUCUCCCUUAGUUAAUGAAGUUGAAAAGGUCAAGGUUAAGGAACGGAAAAAAUCACCACCCAUUGUUGAAAUUAAACCUAGAGAGCGCAGUAGAAAGUCUAAGUCUCCUCUACCAACUGCUCGUAGGAGUAAAUCUAAAGAAAGAAGAUCAAGAUCAAAAGAAAGAAAAACAAGAAGAUUAGAGACUGAGAAAGAGAGAGACAAAAAACCAGCAAAAUCUCCUUCAAAAGAUGCUUCCUCAGGAAAGGAGAAUCGUUCUCCUAGUAAGAAACGUGGCUACAGUCCACGGGUGCGGAGUUUGAGCCCAAAAAGGCGAGAAAGAGCAUCAAAACGCAGCAGAUCACCUCCAUCUGCUGUUAUAACAGACAGGAGGUCAAAACAGAGUCGAUCUCCUUCACGAAAUCGAUCACCCUCUAGGAGAGCCAGGAGCAGAUCAGCUGAACGAAGGCGGAGAGAUUUGGAAAGGUCAAGGCCUUCACCUGUGAGAAUUAGGGCACGUGAUGAACUGACCAUAAGGAGAGAAAGGUCAAGAGAUACCAGCCCACUUCCAGCACGGAGGCGACCCAGCAGAUCACCACCCAGGAGACGCUCACGUUCACCAAUAAGACGGAGUCGAUCUCCUCGGAGGAGGAGCAGGUCUCCUUUGAGGCGAAGAUCUGUUGACAGAGACAGAAUUAGAAGAAGCAGAUCUCGACAGAGGCGAAGGUCAAGGUCCAGAGAUCGUCGCAGAAGACGCAGCAGAGACAAAGAAGAUAAAUUUAAGGGGAGCCUUUCUGAAGGCAUGAAAGUUGAUCAGGAGUCAUCUUCUGAUGAAGUAUUGGAAGACUAUGAUGUAGACGAGGAAGAUGAAGAAGCUCUUAUUGAACAAAGGCGGUUACAGAGACAAGCAAUUGUGGAAAAAUAUAAAUCAGUCAAUGAAGACAGCAAUGUGUCUGUACCCUCUGAGCCUAGCAGCCCACAGAGCAGUUCUCGCAGUCGUUCACCAUCUCCUGAUGAUAUUUUGGAAAGAGUAGCUGCUGAUGUGAAAGAGUAUGAACGAGAGAAUGUAGAUACCUUUGAAGCAAAUGUGAAAGCUAAGCAAAACCUUAUUCAAGUUGAUAAGGAUGCUGCAUCAAUAUAAAAAAAACCACUAGCCCCAGAUAUGUUUACUGAAUCAGAUGACAUGUUUGCUGCAUAUUUUGAUAGUGCCAGACUUCGUGCUGCUGGUAUUGGGAAAGAUUUUAAGGAAAACCCUAACCUCCGGGACAAUUGGACUGAUGCAGAAGGAUAUUAUCGUGUAAAUAUUGGGGAAGUUUUAGACAAACGAUAUAGUGUGUACGGCUAUACUGGUCAAGGAGUUUUCAGUAAUGUGGUCAGAGCCAGAGAUAUGGCUAGAGCUAAUCAGGAGGUGGCAGUCAAGAUUAUCAGGAACAAUGAACUAAUGCAGAAGACUGGACUGAAAGAGCUAGAAUUUCUAAAAAAACUUAAUGAUGCUGAUCCUGAUGACAAGUUUCACUGUUUACGACUCUAUAGGCACUUCUACCACAAGCAGCAUCUUUGCUUGGUGUUUGAGCCACUCAGCAUGAAUUUGCGUGAAGUAUUAAAAAAAUAUGGCAAAGAUGUUGGUCUUCAUAUUAAAGCAGUGCGGUCAUACAGUCAGCAGCUUUUCCUUGCAUUGAAACUUCUAAAGAGGUGUAAUAUCUUGCAUGCUGAUAUUAAACCUGAUAAUAUUUUGGUCAAUGAAUCUAAAACUAUUCUUAAACUUUGUGAUUUUGGCUCAGCUUCACAUGUUGCAGAUAAUGAUAUAACACCAUAUCUUGUCAGUAGAUUCUACAGAGCUCCUGAAAUCAUUAUAGGAAAGCCAUAUGACUAUGGGAUAGAUAUGUGGUCUGUUGGUUGUACUCUAUAUGAGCUUUAUACUGGAAAGAUACUUUUUGCUGGAAAAACUAACAAUCAUAUGUUGAAGCUUGCAAUGGACCUAAAGGGGAAAAUGCCAAAUAAGAUGAUAAGAAAAGGCUGCUUUAAAGAUCAACAUUUUGACCAGAACUUGAAUUUCUUGUACAUUGAAGUGGAUAAAGUGACAGAAAGGGAGAAAGUGACAGUUAUGAGUACCAUCAAUCCUACAAAGGACUUAUUAGCUGAUAUGAUUGGAUGUCAGCGCCUGCCAGAGGAUCAACGCAAAAAAGUCAUUCAGCUAAAAGACUUGCUGGACCAGAUUUUGAUGCUUGACCCAGCCAAACGAAUAAGCAUCAAUCAGGCACUACAGCACCCAUUUAUCCAGGAGAAAAUAUAAUUGCCUUAUUAUGGGUUUGAAUGAAAGCAUUGAAAGACUGAAACCUUCAGAAAACUUGGUUUAAAGUACAUUAAUUUCCAGCUCAUUGUUCACCUCCCUCACAUGUUCAAUGCAGUAUUUCUUGUUCUGAAGUUCAACCAAAGUAGGGGUCCAAAGAAUUUUAGGUGGCGUACAGAGUGCAGUCUUUGCUCCUCUAAUAUUCAUCUACCCACAACCUGACUUGCUGGCAGGUUUGUAUUCUUUUAGGCCGUUCCAGUUAGUAACAGCCACAGGCUGGCCCAAAGUUGUACAUAAUUCAGUAAAAGCUUAUUCUUGGGCCCUUGCAGAUACACUGGUGCCAGUGAAUGGUAUAAUUACUGUAAAUAUGUUUUGUCUAUUUUGUUCAUAUUUUGAUUGUAUUAAAGUUUUAUUGUAGUUGCCAAGGCUGCACAUAAAAAGUUACCUUUAUAUAACAGUACACACCAGCUUUUACAGUGGAGAAUAUUUGUACAAAAUAAUUAAUUUUAUUUCUUUUUUCCUCUUCUUUAUCUCAGUAUGUGCAGAUUUGGCAACCAUGCUUUCUGUAAAAUGGCCAGCAUAAAUGCUGUUUAUAUUCACAUUUUCCUAGGUGUAUGUAUGCAGGCCACAGCAGCAUGCCCUUGGUGUAAUUCUGUGCUGAAGGGGGUCUGUUCCUACUUGAGCCUGCCAGCAAGGAUGGUCUCAUCUUUUUAAGCAGGUUGUGUACCACUUUCAGUACACUGAAGGUAAGCUUAAACCAUCAACUUCACUGGUGCUUUCAUACAUUACACUGGCACAAAUUAUAAUACACAUGUGUAUGUGGCUUUAAAAUAAGUAGGCCUCUAUGCAUGAUUCUAAAUGCAGCAUCAGUAAACUGCAUUUGAAUUUUCAGACAUGUAUGUUUUGGAAAAUAACACAAAUGCUACUUUUCUGAAGUCAGGAAGAUUUGAUGGACAUCAGCACCUUCAGUGUACUGUUUCUUCUUUAUAUUCUAUUUAAAAACAAUAAAACUGUUAAAACUCCAAUAAAAGAAAAAGAAAGGUAGUUUAAAAUAAAUUGUUUAUUUUUUUUCUUUCAGUAACUGCAUGUUAGGGCAAGACAGGGAGAACCCCAUAUGUAUAGAUUUCAAUUGAAAUUCAUACAAAAUAUUUUAAAUAUUAUGAUUUGAUCUAAAUAGUGCACUGUUUAUGCUGAAUAUAAGUUGUUUCGUUGCAAUUGACAUUGCUUUCAUUAUUUGUGAUCAUGUUGUCUUUCAAUACAGGCAUAAAACCUUCCACUCUUGAGCAAAGCUGCUGCUUUUUUAAAGCGGUAAUUGCUUCUUUAUUUUUUGUAUAUUUUUUUGGGUUUUAAACAAAUAAAGAAUAUCAGUUGUAGAAUGAUACCUAAUUUUGUCUUCUUGUAAACUUCGUAAGAAUCCCUGCAUGUGGUAGUGGCCAUGCAGUUUACUGUACAUUUUCAGAAUGCAUAAUAAAACCAUCUGAAAAUAAAGUUUUUUGUGGAAAAAUAAAAAUGACUUUUAGACGUUAA